AUGGAGGAUGAUGAUGCUGAGGAGAGUGAUGACUUUGAGGAGGAUGAGUACGAAGAGGAGGAUAAUGAUGAGGAUGAAGCUGACCAGCAUGAGGAGAAAGAAUACACAGAGGAGGAUGAAGCCAGAGGAGGCUCCUCUGUGCCACUCAAGCAGCUGCCCUUUAAAUGGAGCUCUGACCUCACCAUCCACCGCCGCACCCACACUGGUGAGGAGCCCUUCAGGUGUGAUACCUGUGGCAAGAGGUUCAGCCAGGGCUCUCAUCUCAGGCGACACCACCUCACCCACACCACUGAGAAGUCCUCUACCUACAAGGACUGCGGCAAGACAUUCACUCACAGCGCCACCCUUCGCCAGCACCGCAGUGUGCAUGGCACUGAGAAGUCCUUCAGGUGCUUGGAUUGCGGCAAGAAAUUCAAACACAGCUCCAGCCUCAGCAUCCACCGCCGCAUCCACACCGGAGAGCAUCUGUUUCCCUGUGCUGCGUGCGGCAAGAGCUUCACCACGAGCACUUUGUACAUUCGACAUCAACUCACCCACAGCUGUGAGAGGCCGUACAGCUGCGCCCACUGCGGCAAGAGCUUCACCGAGAACUUUACCCUCAUCCGGCACCGUCGUGUGCACAGCAAAGAGAAGGCUCACCUGCCCUGA